AUGGAUAGUCAUAAAACUUUUGCGAAGCAACAUGAUGGGAACCGCGAUCAGCUGAGCGAGAGAAGUAUCAUUAUCGCCUUCCUCGACCAUCUCCAUGGGCUUGGGCUUGUUAGCGCACGAGGACAGGAUAUCAUGGAUGAAGCCCUCGGGGAGAUUCAGAGGAGGAAUAAUACACCCACUCCGGACAUAGUGGUUUCGAGGUAUUUCCUCAAUGUCGGGGGAAGUGCGUUUUGGGAUAUUGUCAUGACGGAUUAUGAUCUCUCGAUCGGCAAGAAUGAGGUGAAGCUAGCACUCAGCGGAUGCUUUCCAUUCCAUCAUCUCGUGAUGUUCUUGGAGCUGAAGCCGAAUGCUGUUCAGCGCGUCGUGCGACAACAUGUCCAGGAUUUCUUCGAGCGAGCGUCCGGGUACUUCGGUGUCCAAAAUUCGGCCAUCAUGGAAAUGGGGAUGGUUGUAUGUCGGUUCACGCGCCACAGUGUGUAUGGGCUUCGCAUCGUCAGGAGCUUGAGAUACAGACUGGCACCAGCUUGUGCAUUCUGGGCAGUAUAUUUGCUUGGUAAUCAAAGUAUUGAGGAAUUGUUUCGCUUUUAUGGUACCAACUAUGGUAUAUAA